CGUGUGUCCCGACAUUGGGACUUGGUUUGCAACUGGAUCCUUGUUGGCGAGAAAGGAUUUGGCGACGCUAACGAUGCCUGAACCAUCUACGUCGGAGGUCCAACCGAAGUUGUCCCUACUCACACGAGUCUCUCGCUCUCCUUCGCUCUCUUCCUUGACUUCCGAAGAGUCUUUCAAUCCUCAUGCGAAUCCUGUAGAUCCAGAAUUCGAGCGGAAGACAGCUGCCACGAAACCCGCUCUAGGCGUCAGAGAACUGAUCCACAUGGCUAGAACAGAGAAAGAGAAAAGUUCCAGGUCCAAUCGAUCUGUCAUUCCGCCUGAAAGUCCAUUGGCAUUCUCUCCCCCUGUCGAGAUACGACUUUUUGGAGGGGAUAAUCUGGCGGACGAUCUUCAGGCAGGAGGUGGUCGUGCUCAACAUCACGGCGGCGAAGUACCUGAUGGAGAAUAUGAACAUCGAUCAUUGGCUCAAAUCGUCGCUCUCCCAUUACCCUUGACGGAGACGGUAAGGGAUUCGAGGAACGCUCCGUUCGCGAGGGAGGUCGAGAUCAAAGGCUGGAAAGUCGUUGGUGGAAAAACUUGGACUGGGGCAGCGAGAGUUGGCGCUUAUGUCGUCUAUGAGAUCGAGAUCAUCUUUCGUACUGGCGGAAGCACGACCAUUCUCCGACGAUACACAGACUUUGUCAAUCUUCGAGCAGCGCUAGAUGUUCGAUUUCCCGGUUUCCGAGAAGCUAUCCCCGUCUUACCGGGUAAAGCCCACAUGGCGAAAUUUUCCGCCAAGUUCCUGGCAGAUCGACAGAGUCGUCUCGGUCUCUUCCUGCGAGCCGUCAUGCUUCAUCCAGUGAUGGGACGAGGGGGUCCGAACUCUGUCGUCGGAGCUUGGGUCACAGACGACACAUGAGGUCCGCAAGCGCAGUGCCAAGCCGCAUCAACAUUGGCCUUAUCACACGUAUACGCUGUCUUCAGAGAAUCACCCUCCCGUGGAACCGUCGUCUAAAAGGAACCGGACCCCUGAUGUCCGUACCAUUGCCGCUCUGCCGCAAGAGACGACACUCCAGUCAUCGCAGAAUCGCACUGCCUCACCUGGCUACCUGGCAGCGGGUCAGGAGCUAUCAAUAGAGGCUUCGCCUUAUGCUUCGAAGCCAAGCCUCAAAGCCUCACCGCUGUUUUGGAUCGGACUUUCGAAACCCUAUAUCUACUGGGUCGAUGGACCGACGUCGCUCGGCCCUUCGCCCCCAGACCAACAACCGGAACAUCUACUGGUUCUUCUCCAGUGUCACAGUCCACACAGAAGGGUCUCAACGGCGUCCUUCAUCGCUUGCCUCAUCUCGUAGACUCUGUAUCUCAUGCAAUACCAUCAUGACCAUAA